AUGGUGGUGAAGAAGAGAGCGGCGGCCAUUGCCGCCCUGUGCAUGCUCCUGCUCCUCAUGCUGUCAAGGCCAUCUCGUCAGCAGCUCUCGGAUCACUCCUGCGACUGCUACCGAAAGUGCUACUUAGAGUGCAAGAACGCCUUCCCGAUGCUCUGCAAGGUCGUGUGUGGCGGCAGCUGCAAUGACAACAAGGACCCUGUCGUCGCCUGCAUGGUCGCCUGCUGCACCAACUCUGUCUGUGGCCUGCCACCAGCGCCAUCCGUUUGCGCUCCGGAUUGUAUCCAUGCAUGCAACAAGACGUGGGGUGGCCAUGGUCCCAGCAAGGAACCUUAA